AUGUUUUCAAAAUACCAAUACAUAAACCGAAAACAUAGUGGUUCACAGUCACCACAAUUAACACAGCAGCAGCAACCUUCACCAUUAAGAAUUCAACCUUCUUCAUCAAUACAACCACAACCUCAAUCCCCGGAAUUAACGGCAUACUCAAAAAAUGAUAAAGAAACAUUAUAUCACUCUUCUAUGUUUAGACCUCCUUCGCCAUUACAAUUUAAUAAUAAUUCUUCUACGAAUGCUGCUGCUCCAAAUCAAAAGCAUGUAUUUUCUGUUUUUAAUAGUAGUAAUAAUAAUAUUGAAACAACUGAUCCAAUAUUUCGACACCCUUCCUCAUCUUCAACCCCAACUCCACACGAUCAUGAUUCAAUAAAGUCAAAUAGUACACAGCAACAUAAUAAACAACCCUCGCAAACAUUCAAUGAUAGUUCACCACCAACUCCGUCAAAUAAUUCAGGUUAUAAUAUUCAUAGAGAUUCUCAUUCUAACACAUUCACCAGCUUAACAGGUCCUCCACUUGCAGGUCAAGCAAAUACUUUAAUAAAUCCUGAAAUUAGACCUUUAAAAAGUAUAACGAGUUUAGAACAAGUUUACAAAAUGAAAUUUUUUGAUGAAAAGAAACCAACUUGGAAAUUUUGGAUUUUACUGUUACUCCUUUUUUUCAUCAUAUUGGCCAUAUUAAUACCUGUUAUCAUAUUUGUUGCGAAUAAAAAUUCUUCAAUUACUCCAUCAAUUACUACAACAGAUUUGGCCGCAACAACAUCAACACCACCAGCAGAUCCAGCAGCAACAACACCACCAGCAGAUCCAGCAGCAACAACACCACCAGCAGAUCCAGCAGUAACAACACCAACACCAGCAGAUACAACAGCACCAGCGCCAGCACCACCAUCAGAUACACCAGCACUACCAGCACCACCACCAUCACCAGCACCACCACCAGAUACACCAGCACCACCACCAGAUACACCAGCACCAGCACCACCACCAGAUACACCAGCACCAUCACCACCAGGAGUAACAGUAGCACCACCACCAUCACCAGACGUACCACCACCAUCACCAGACGUACCACCACCAUCACCAGACGUACCACAACCAUCACCAGACGUACCACUACCACAACCACCACCACCAUCAGACGAAUCUGCUAAAUGA